AUGUCUCCAUUACCUCCACCAUACUACAACGACGACAAGAGAUCGUUUGCGUACCCUACCGUGCACAAGCGUUGGCCCACCAUCAUACAAGGUGCAAUUGACGAUGUUCAACAAACAAUUGAAGAUGAGGGUCAAUCACAUCCAGAGAUUAGGGAGUCUGGAGAGCUGAUCCUUACUCAAUUGAAACAAUUAUUACUGGACUUCCAAAACGAUUUAGUUGUUCGGCCAUUUACAGAAGAAGAAAUUGACUUGAACGAAAACUUGACUCAUUUCAACACCACUUUAGCAAAAUUGAACACUCAACGUAAAGUUACUUGGCAAACCGGCCCUUGGCUUUAUUUGGAGUGUUAUCUUUACCAGUUUGUCAAUAAUAUGUUUAUUGGUUCUACAGCUAAAUUCUGGCACUCGUUUGAUGUCUUUUACAGAUUAAAGACAAAGACAUUUAAGCAAUCGGAGUUGGGAGUGUUGGAGUUGUGCAAACGUUAUGAAACAUUAUCAAAACAAUUGGAAAAAGUUCAAGGCGACGAAGAGACGUUGUACUUGUUGUUUACCGAAUUUAUCGACAUUUCGCUUUGGGGAAAUGCCACUGACUUGUCACUUUUGGCUGGAAACGUCACAUUAGAGGACAUCAAAUCAGUCCAAGGGGCUGAAGUUAGAAAACAAAAUGAAGAGAAAAUUAUCGUUAAUGAUUUGCAAAAAGCAUGGCAAAAAAGCGGCCUUAAAGAAAAUGUGGGCCAAGGAUCUACUAGAGUAGAUUUUAUCUUGGAUAAUUCUGGUUUUGAACUUUUUGCUGACUUGAUCUUGAGCUUGUUUUUGCUUGAUUCGCAAUUGGCUGGAGAGGUGCAUUUACAUUGCAAGGAAAUUCCAUGGUUUGUAAGUGAUACCAUGCCCAAAGACUUUGAUGACCUUUUGAGUCAAUUGGAUGAUCAUGAAUUCUUUGCCCAGAUCUACAAAGAUGAUCCAAAAGCUAUUCAAUUGGUAUCUAAGAAAAUACAUGGAUACUUUAAGGAGAACAAAAUCAUCAUCAAUCACCAUCCAUUUUGGACAUUGGACUACAAUUACUGGGCUAUUCCACAGUUUAAAGAUUUAUACACUGAGUUGCAAAAGUCCAACCUCAUAAUCUUCAAAGGUGAUUUGAAUUACAGAAAGCUUACAGGCGAUUUGCAGUGGCCAAAGACAACACCAUUCAGCGAGGCAAUACAAGACUUGCAAAACAGUGGAUUGACCAUUUUGUCAUUGCGUACAUGUAAAGCCGAUGUUUGUGUCGGACUUCCAAAUGGGUUAAAUGAAAAGUUAAUAAAAGAAUACGAAGAGGCAGGAAACGAAAUUGGAGAAUUUUGGAGUAGUUCUGGUAAAUGGGCAGUUAUUUCCUUCAACAAAUGA